AUGAGGGCCCCCGGCCUCCGAGCUUCUCUGCGCCUCUUCGCAAAUUCACCUCUCUCCCACGGCAUCCAAAUCAGACACUUGCACAAGACCCGACCUCCGCAUACGAUACCCCAGCCUCGCCCCUUUGUCCCCGACGUACCUACCUUCCUGACCCUCAUCGGGCGCGGCCUGAACAAACACGCCUCCAAAUUCCCGUCAUGGGACUCCCUCUUCGCCCUCACCUCGCCUGAACUCAGAGAGCUGGGGAUCGAGCCGCCGCGAAACAGACGUUAUCUCCUUCAGUGGAUGCAGCGAUACCGCAGAGGCGCGCUCGGUCCCGGCGGCGACUUCGAAUUCGUCAAGGACGGCGAGGCCAUUCUCAAGGUCGCCACGCCACCUGCCUCGGUGGUCAGCGACGCAAAAUGGGUCGUCAACGUCCCUCACAGCCAGGAGCCCGAAGCCGAGGCCCCAACGUCGGAGUCGUCGGCGCUACCCCGGCCAAAGGGCUACACAGUCCGCGGACUCAAGUCCAUAGCCGGCCCGUACGCCACGCCCCUUCCCGAGGGGGCAGGUGCCGUCGUCAAAGUUACAGAGGGCAUGUGGGAGCAGCGCCGCGGGAGAAAGAUUGACGGUGGCGAGCGUCGCAGAGCAGAGGUGCGGUUCAAGAGACGAUCUGCUGAGCGGCGGGCGGAGAGAGAGGCAGAGAUGAUGGCGAAACUAUAG